AUGGUCUUGCUGGUACCAAAACUUCGUUUCAUCAGAUUUCCAGAAUUUUGGGCUCCUGCCUAUGACCCACCUGAUUUGACUGUCAAAACCAAGAAGCUACAAUUCGUGACAAAUUUUGAAGAAACGGAGACAUUCAAGGCUUCUAUGUAUGUAAAAAAUACAAUAAAUGAGGACCAAAUCAUGAUGCAAAAAUGUGAUGAGGACAAUAUCUCCAUUUAUGAACAUGAAAGUGCACCAGACGACAAUGUCAAUCCGGCCAUUGCCACCUCCACAAAUUUCAGUUUUCUGAUCGAUAUUGAAAGCGAUCGCCAACUAGAUAUUAAUGAACUACUAUUUUCGUAUAAUUCCUUAUCUGGUCUGCAGGGUAUCAAUCAACCAUAUUCAGCGGAUUCACAUUAUUUCUCCUCAAGAUCGGAGAUUGGCUUUACUGGAAGCUCGAGCGACACUGAGGAUGGACCACACGUCCCAAACGAAAACGGUUCAACAAGUGACAGCGUGGGAGAAAUGCGGUGGUCAUCGCCCGAUAGCGUAUCUAUUGUUCAGGAAGCUGAUGUUAAUGCUCUUGCGUCACCGAAUGACGACGAACACACAAUUAUUACAAAGGAUCAGGAGGACACAUCAAUUCUGAAUACUAUUGUAGAACCAAAUAUAGAAGCCCCAAAGCCGGCCAAAAGAAAAAACAACGGAAGCACUCUGGUCAAUGAUCAACAGCCUGCCUUUUCAGAGAUGAUAUCGAAAGAGGCUGAUGCUUUAAGUUCGAAAAUACAAUCACCAACAUGCAUGAGAACAGUAUUAGCCGAUAUGCCGUUGGAGGCUAUUCAAGAACGCUCCGUAGAAGAGGAUGGAACUGCCUACCAAAGCGUUUCAGAAAUCCAAGAAAGCGCAGAACUUCCAUAUUCAACCGAAUCGGGGAAGAAAAUGUAUGCAAGAGGAGAAUCUUCGUCUUCGGAUCUUCGCGUGAAUGAAUCAGCAGGUAAUGAACACGGACUGGAAUCGUCAGACUUGGAAGGGAAAGACGAAAAAUCUAAAAACAAUUUGGCGGAGCUGAUGAAGUCAUCAUCUAUCAAUUCGGAUUUUCCUCGAUCAAUAUCUGAAUCUCCUGACUAUUUAACUAGAUCAGAUGAACAAAAAUUAUUCAUCGCGACCGACAGAACAUCAGGUUAUAACACAAUGACAUCUAGUGGCGGUCGUAUCUCACAGUCAGGUCUAUCGGCCUUAGAUCAACGAUCCUUUCAUUCUCCAAGAGAAGAAGCAACAAUUUCUGAUGAGCCUGAAUUAGUAAGCCAAAGUUCAGUAACGCGCCUUUCAAAAAUGGAUGGAAGAGAACUUAAUAUCGAUCUACCUAUUCAAAAUUUAAUUGAUGAUGAGAUAAAAAAGAAUGACAGUAUGGGCUCUAAGAUCCUCGAAAUCGGAGCAUCACCGGAAGAAAGUCAGUUGGCCUUGAGAACGAAAGUUGUAGGAGGUUCUAUGAAGCAGGAAACUCUAACGUCUUCCUCCGCUCUAGCAGACUUAUUAACUCAAUCAAAUGAAUCAAAGACAAAUACGCUUAACGCAGACACUAAUUUAGGUACUGAAUACCUGAGCAUUGCACAUGAGAAACAUCUUAAGCACGAACUUGGAGUUCCAGUUAGGAGUGAACUGAGAAAUAAAAAUGACUCUAUAGAGACUCUAUCUGAACUGUCUAAUACAUUUACGAAAUGUGGAAUGAUAGGAAAGCCUCCAAUAAGUGAGCUACCUUUAAAUGAAGAUGAAAAUGAGGGCAACACUACAGGUAAAUACCUUACUUCUACUACUGAAAAUCCAUUUAUUCCAGAGAGCAUUAAGGAAGGUAUAUUAGAUGAUGAGGCGAUAAAAGAAUACGGAAAAGGAGAAGUAACUACGAAACAGGAGAAGUAUGAAUUGCUUGCUACGAAGAAUGAAAAGGUAUCACCACAACUGACACAAGGAAUCGAUAAACGAGCACUUAAAGGAGAUGCAGGAGGAAGAAUCACUCCAAAAGAAACAGUUCAGUUUGACAAAUCAGAACUAAUGUCCGAAGAAUCCAUUUUCACGGGUGAGGAAGCCCUCCCUCCAAUCAAGAACACUUCUGAGAAUAAAAGCAAUCAACAAUCUGGUGUUAAGUCAGAUGAGAGUAACUCUGCAAAAAUAUCUGAGGUAACUUAUCCUGAUAGUACUGCUAAUCCAAAGCUUCCGAGCUCUACUUCUGCCACCGCUGAAAGCAAAUCAAGGAUAGAACUUCAAAAUCAGUUAUCAAGUGAACAAUCUUCUAAAAAGGAUCCAAUAUCUACAACCAAACAGAUUGCCGUUGAAGAUGAAGUUUCAAAAGCCUCUUUUUCAGAGGCUUUUGUUGAAUUGAGCGAGAAAGAUGCUAAACCAACUGUGCCAUUACCAGGAGAACCAACAACUAUUGAAAAAAAGACAGCUUCGGAUGGUGAAAGUGCAAAAGAAACUUUAUCAGAACUCUCUAAUGCUGGCUCCAAAGUAAACUCUGCUGUUACCAAUAUGGAAGACAGUGGAGAUGGCAAUUUAGUAAAAAUUGAUUUAACGAAAGUUGGCAUUUCAGAUCCCGGAUUAUCACUGCAAAUUUAUCAAGGUAAUUCUCGAACUGAAUCCAGUCAACUAGUUGAGGUAAAAGAAAAAGCAUAUAAUGAAAUUGCUACUAAUCUAAACCCUCCGAAUAUAAAGAGAGGUGAAGAAGAUCUCGUAAGUAAAUGCAGAGUGAAAGAAGACCGCCUGGAUGCAUACUUAGACCAUGGUCCUAAAGAAGUUAUUGAGACUUCUUAUUCAACAUCAUCUAGUUCAGCUGAAGAUAAAAACAUUAAAACAGAUACAAAAGCAUACCAAAGAGGAGCUCCCAAACUUUCUAACAUUCAACAGAAAUCAGCAGAAGUCACUUUUAAUGAACCAUUUAAAAUGCAAGAAGCGAUGAUAAAGCAGAGAAUAGAGCUAGAAACUGAUGCCGAUCUUAACAGUAGAAGGAAUAAAAAUGAGACUCUCCAAGAAGAAGAAAAAGAACCAACUGCCGGAACUCAAGAAAAUUCCGAUGAGAUAGAACCUGAAAGCAUCAUUGCCGCCGACAAAGGCAGAGAUACGAUAGAUAUGGCGUAUGAAAAUAAAUUGAAAGAAGGAACGGAGAUGUGGUUGAAAGAUAAGAUGAAAGAAAUAAAGCAAGAAAAUUUUCUCCAUCCACUAAAAGAAAGCCUAACGCAAGAAGCAGCUUCUUUAAAAUUAGGUCCGAUUAGUUUAGAUAAACAAGCUAAAAGUGUUCCACUUCAGGAGGGUGCCACAAAGUUGAUAAAAGUGUUAAAGCAAAGCAGCCCCUAUCCACCUGUGAAUGAAGAAAGCUCUUCUCAACAUAUUGCUAAAAAUAUCCUAACUCAAAUUGAUAAUUCAGAUCACAAAUGUACCGGGGUACCAUUGCGACAAAUGCCCCUAACGACUGCGCCACCACCAAUGACAUUUGUUCGAAAAUCAACCGUAGAACAAAAGACUGAAGUAAUGGAACGCAAAAUAUGGCGAACAAAUGCUGAACCUAGGUCACAAAGACCUAUAAAUCAAAUUUCCGUUGAAAAAGCCAGUACUAGACCAAUUGCACAGCCGACCAUAGUAACAGUUAAAGUGAAUACAAAAGAGGUAAUAGAUUCACUAAAAGAAAUUAGAGGAAAAGAAGUUGAGAUGGUAAAAACGGAACUUCCAACUAAAAAUACAACCCCUAGAGAGUCGGUACAUGAAGAAAUUAGAGAGGAUAAUGAAAAUGAGCAUAAAAACUUAAAAAAGAAAAUUGAAAUAAUCAAAGUUUCCUAUGACAUCACGAGGAAUGCUAAGGAAAACAAUCAGUUGGAGAAAUUUCCAAUGCCCUUAAAGUGCGCGUCGCCAUUCAGUGAUUCGGAUUGCGAUCCAGAGAUUACUUCCUGGACGAUGGCUAGACCUUGGUAUUUAUUAGCCUCAGAUGAUGCCCCACAAUCUCAUGUGCCCCCGGUAAUUGCUCUCAGAACGAAAAGUACUGCUGUGAAAUCUUCGAACCCACCUGACAAGAAUAACCAGAAAGGUAAUAAUCAAUCAGGAUUAUUGACCCCAAAAUUCUACCCAGCCUCUGUAGCUGAGGCAAUGAAAACGGAGGCAGCUCCAAUACUUCGGCGGAAUGCUGUGGAGAUUAAAGCGAAGGCUGAACAUCGUUUUAGCUCAUUUUCUAUUUCGGAUGGAGAGGAACAAAAAUCAGUUGAAUUUAUUAAUGCCGAAACUGGCAGCACUUCUUCAAGGUCAAGAGUCUGA